CAAGAGAGAGACAGCGGGGGAACCUUGGCAUGGAGUUGGACCAAACUCUAAAUAUAGCCCAACCCACUUUCAGUGCAGUUCUCUUCAUACUCUGAAGGCAGAUGACCUUGUCAGAAAACUGACCUACCAGCAUGUCACUCUCUACAAAGAGAGGAUCUAAGCGAGCAAGACUACAGCGUAAAAGGACAGAAAAGCAAUCAGCCAUCUGCUUGCAACAAAUGAACGUAGAUCCUUCAGAUGAUGAAGCCACUGAGAAAGCAGGUAAUAACAGGGCAGCAACACAAGAAGAUGCUGAUUCCAAACCUGCUGUGACAAAGAAAAGGAAGAAGCCUACAGAGUGUUUUCUAAGUCAGCCUGAAGAAAAACAAGAGAGCACUGUAAAGGCAAAGAAGAGAAAGAAGAAGAAGAAAAUUUCUGAUAUCCUGGAAAAAUCCUCUCCAAAACCUGGUGUCCCUGCGGAUCUACAGAAUCUGCUUAGUCAAUAUUUUAGUGAGAACCGUUCAGUGAUUGAAAAAGAGGAACUGAAGCUGUCAGAUUCCUGUUUUUUGGCAGCCAAUGACCUCACCCACAGUUUUAAUUCCUACCUGAAGGAAAUCUGUCCUAAGUGGGCAAAACUCCGUAAAAACCACAAGGAGAAGAAGUCAGUGGUCAUGCUGGUUAUCUGCAGUUCUGCCCUUCGUUCCUUGGAACUCAUCAAGUCAAUGACAGCAUUUAAAGGAGACUGCAGAGUUCUCAAGUUGUUUGCAAAGCACAUAAAGAUCAAAGAACAGAUGAAUAUGUUGGAGAAAGGUGUGUUCCACAUCGGGGUUGGAACUCCUGGAAGAGUGAAAGCGCUAGUGGAGCAAGAUGGUCUGUGCUUGAACUCCACAAAAUACAUGAUUCUGGAUUGGAACUGGAGAGAUCAGAAACUAAGGAGAAUGAUGGAUAUCCCUGAGAUAAAGAAAGAAACAAUUGACCUACUAGAGAUGAGCAUUAUAAAGCUGUGCAGAGAGGGGUCUUUGAAGCUGGGACUCUUUUAAUGGUUUUACCAUAGUGGGAAUCAUUUGCAGCUACUUUUUACUGUUACCUGGUACCUUGUGUGCAUUUGACAGAUGAUAAACGAGUGAUGGAAUCCAGAAUUCUGACUUGACAUAAGUCUAUCAAUACAGAAAGGAUGCAUAUUAGAACUUUUUCCUGAGUUGCCUUUCGUUUUAGUAGUAAAAGUGAAGUUUUGCUUGUAGUUUCAGUGCAUUUUUUAUUGCAGAAGAUAUAUGAUACUGAAAUUAGGUGUAAAUUGCAUUCGCUGGCUAGAUUUACUCCCAUGUUAUUUGUAAGACUUUGAAAAUUAAUAAACUUGGGUGUGAAAGUCUUUGUACAAA